AUGCAGUACAUGGGUACGGAUAUCAUCGGGUUUGAUACGGAAUUCGUUUUAGAGCUAAGUGAAGGACGUUCGAACCAUUUGGACAGCGGGAAGGUCUCUCCAAGAGAUGAACUACUGAGGGACACGAUCCGGAGCAACGGGAUGCGAAAUAGCAUUUCGUCAUCUGAGAAGAAAACGUUAUGCCUCAUUCAGCUCAGCUCGAAAGACCUCUGCUUCGUCUUCAACAUUAACAAACUCAAGGGGGAAAUCCCCAUGUGUGUGAAGGAAAUUAUGGAGGAUGAAAAAAUAAAGAAAGUAUGUCAUGACCUUCGAAAUGACGAAGCUAUGUUCCAAGAUCAACAUAUCCAAAUAAGGAACACUUUCGAUUUAUAUGAUUUUUGCAUGCAGAGUUUUCUAUACCCUCCUUCAUUACAAUUCUUAGUCAAAUUAUUUCUUAAAAAGAAUUUAGAAAAACAUUUUCGAUUGUCUAACUGGUUAAGUGAUGACUUGAAGGAGGAGCAAAUUCUGUAUGCUGCUGCGGAUGCCUAUGCGUCGAGGGAGGUCUAUAUGGUUUUAAAGGAACUGGGCAAGCUGAAGCAGUCGUGUGUGCCGAAGCAGCCGUGUGUGCUGAAGCAGUCGUGUGUGCUGAAGCAGUCGUGUGUGCUGAAGCAGUCGUGUGUGCCGAAGCAGUCGUGUGUGAUGAAGCAGUCGUGUGUGCCGAGUCAGCCGUGUGUGCCGAACUCCCUCCGUGUUGUACAUGAGGCAUGUGAUGUGGCUUCACAGGGGAGGACUAAUGUAACCCCUGCUGUGGUGGAUCCCCAUCUGAUGACUGCAAUCGAUAAGGAGGAAAACCCAAGUAAUGCCAAAAAGCCUUAUGGUGAGACCCCUCAAGAGGGAGAAGGUAAAAAUAAUGUUUUCUCAGCAGACGCGCAGCAAAGUAGUAACACCCAAAUAGGAGAUGAAACGAAAAGGUGCACUCCCGCAAUGAACACCUCUGUCACGACGAUUGAGCAGAAUGACACAACGAUGGGGCGAAACUCCACGGGGAUGGAAAAACAGACGUAUGCAUUUUUGGAAAUUCACCAGAUAAGCACUAUACAUGAGUUAAAAAGUAAAAUCCACGUGAAAUGCGCCCAACUGUGUAACAUAACCUUUGUUGAAGAAAUGGUGUUUGCAGGCAGUGGCUAUAAAAACCGGAUGUCCUUGCAGGACGUGGAGAAAGGCAGGUCCCUCAUCGUGCUGCAUUCGCAGGGCUUCGAUGAGGAAGUCAGGUGUUGCCACGAAAUACUGAGUUAUAUGGACAGCGCGGCGUAG